AUGCAGCUCAACGACACUCGACCACUUCCUCCUGCGUUCACGCGUUUCAAGAACCUACAUUUCGUGUUCAGAUAUGAGGGAUCCGAUCUGAAUGAUAGACUUCCGCCAAAUGUUCAUUUAUUCAAAUGGAUACCGCAGGCGGAUCUCCUUAGACAUCCAAAAACUGUCGCAUUCAUAACCCAUGGUGUUUCCGCUGAUAGCCAUUGCUCUAUGGGGAGAUCAACCAAGGAAUGCGAAACUGGCAGCAAAGCUUGGAUCGCUGUCAACCUCCGAAAAGACGACAUAAGUGCGACUACUGUGACGGAAGCUCUCACAAAAUUAUUCACGAAACGUGAAACGAUUGUCGUUGAUGGUGAAGAAGCAGCCUGUGAGUCCGGCUCAUCGACUGGUGUGGCUUGGGCAGAAUUCGUUGCUGAAUUCAAGACGCUCGACAACCUCGUUCCGGCCGGCACAAAACUCAACUUCAUCCAGUAUCACUCACUGGAUGUGAUAGCAUUUUUGUCAACAGUUGUACUUCUAGUGAUUUUCAUUUUGUGGAGGUUAUUGAGAUUCCUAAUCUUCAAGAUAUUCAUUUUAGUGUCCAAAGCCAGAAAGCUGAAGCAAACUUAG